AUGGCAUCAUUUCAUAAAACUGAGGAAAUCUACGUCAAUGCUGAAGAUAUAAAACCUGUUGAUAUCAGACCUCCGACUAUUCAGACAAGUCCUGGAAGCUCACAUGGGAGAUUUUACAGACCUGUUGUUCUUUUCCUGGGGCUGCUCAGUAUCAUCCUGCUGGCUGGGAUCAUCGGCCUUGGCGUCCUCUACCUAGUCUCAGCUCAUCAUGCAUCUGUGGAGCUCUCCACCAUCAAAGCCAAUCUGACUGUGCAACUUCAGGUCAAAGAUCAGCAGCUGUCCACACUGACUGAACAGAGGGACCUUCUGAAUGUCAGCCUCACCAACAUUAGGAAAAACCUAAUGAGUUUGUCCAAACAGAUGAAAACUUGUCCUGCAGGAUGGAAGAUGUUCCAGUGUUCCUGUUAUUUCUUCUCAACACAUAAAAACACUUGGAAUGAAUGCAGGAAAGACUGCCAAGACAAAGACGCAGAUCUUGUCAUCAUCAACAGUCCUGAGGAAGAGGAAUUCCUCACUAACAACAUUAAGGGAAGUACUUGGAUUGGUCUCAGUGACCAAGAGAAGGAAGGCACCUGGAAAUGGACGGAUGGCACCCAGCUGACUAUGGCGUACUGGUGGAGAGGGCAGCCUGAUAAUGGUGGAGGAAAUCCCCAAUAUGGUGAAGAAGACUGUUGUCAUUUUGCUACAUACAAAAAAGAGGCAAAAUGGAAUGAUCUGAGAUGUGAUACGCCUCUGCUGUGGGUUUGUGAAAAAUAAUUUAAAAAAUCAUUGAGCACUGAAUAAUACAGCAUAAUUUCUACAGUGGGUUAUUCAUAAGCAAGAGUUACAGCAAUUCUAAAAUUAAGUACUGUACAAAAUUUGAGGAUAUUGUGCCAUGUAUACA